CCAUCGGUGGGCGCGUGCUGUUUGUUAACUGACCUGUAAGCAGGUACAAGUCGGCGUUUGGUAAGGUGCGCAAGUGCGUUUAUGCCUCUUGAUUACACACGCAUACCUACAUACAUAACACGUAGAACCGCGCAGCGCAGGUGAAAAGUGUGUAUCGCGUCGCUAUGGAUACGAAGUGUUAUGGUUUUACGCUAUAGUUGUGUGUGUUAAGUAUUUGACAAGCCAUUACCGUGCGCGUGUGUGAGGAACUCGUAUUCCUACUUUGAAGCAACUUUAUUCAAAUUUCAUUUCACAAGUCUUCCAAUACGUCAGCCUGAAACUCAUGAUUCAUAUCCAUUCGCAAGCUUCCUAGCAACAGUAAAGACCCCAAAGACCCUCGAAACUCACCAAGGAAACAUAUUCCCAAGGUGUUAUUCAACUGGAAUUAGCUAAGAUAUUCGGCCAGCUUUGGGAGCGAAAAAGACGGCAAUGAUUGUUUGAACGUUGAAUUAACGACUCACAUAGUAUCUACGUAUCUACGACGCGGCUGAUCUGUGCGAUUCUUAAAACCAGUUUCCGACACACUUAUAAGCAUGUACGUAAAUCAAAGCCGCGUAUAAACGGACAUUCAUUGCACGCAUCGGCAAACAGAAACGAAGAGGUACAAAAAGCCGAAGCCGAUGCGAGUACAUGACACCAGCGAAACAGCGAUACGUAGACAAACCUUUUCGGACAAGAAAAACAUGAUCGCUCCAGGUUCUCUGAGAAGAUUCAACGGAUGCUGAGAUGGCGUUCAAAAAUGCAAAUUCCUUGUCUGGAGUAUGGCUAGGGUUGAUAUUGGUACUUGUUGUACAUACUCUAGCUGAAAAUACUCCAUCUGAAGAAGAGACGGAAGCUGAGAGUUCGCUUUUUAAUUAUGACAGUGAAAGCAACGACGACUCCGGAUUUUCGAAGGAAGAUCCCGACAAAUAUUUCGAAAAACAUUUAGAUGAACCGAAUAUCGAAGGUAGUCCCGAAGCGGCUGAAGCUUCGGUGAAUGAACCAUUAGAAAAGGCUGAUGGAGUUGAGGCUAAAACAACAGUAAAGACGGUGUCUAGUUCUACCACUAUUCAGCACAAUGAGACACUACCGACUAUAGCAACGAUUGACUUUGAAAAGCAUUUGACAAUCAGCGAUAAUCAAAAAACGGUCCUCGAGCGUGUAAGAGAAGCCAGCAAAGUUGAGAGUUCGCAAGUACAGUCUAAUAGAACCGCUAAUAAGGUAACUGAAGAAAUUUCGAACGAAGCAGUGGACAACAGUAGUGAAAGACGAACGAACUCUGCUCCUCAGGAAUUCGAAUUCACUGAAGAACACGAUGAUUUUGAUGAGCACACGAGUUCCGAAUUUGCUGAAGCCACAACACCGAGUUCGACAUUGUUGAACGCUAGCAGCUUAAGAGUUCCGGAUGAUUUGCACAAACACGCUGAGCAGUUUGAUAUAGAGAAUUCAGAAGAAGACGAGAAAGCAGAUGGCAACAGAACUCAUUCUUUGAUAAAUGACACGAACGUUAACUAUCGUCUAGACUUUAAGAACAGCACUAAGAGGUUUCGGGGGAAUGAAAGCAGAACCCCGAGUGGUGACAACGGAGAGGGUCUGCCUUCUGAGCCGAAACAAGAAGUGGAGAUUUUUAAAAAUGUUACUUACCCUUCUGUAUUGAGGAUCAGUGAAGAUCCGAAUAACGGCACGGCGAUCGAGGAUACGACGCCAAAUUAUUCAAGCUCCAAACCCAAAGCCCGGACGAUUUCCAUCUCAGGUGACAAUGAUGUAUCUAAAAAAAAUUCAAAAAAUUUUAAUCAUACACGCCUAGGUCAGGCAACGUCUGAUACGAUAAUGAGAAUCUCUCCCAAAAAGUCCAUUCCAACGGAAAAACCCACCAAACUUAAACCAUUACCGUACUUGACAUUAGAAAGUACAUCUAUUAAUUACGAACUCGUUGCAGAUUUACCGAACAAGACCGAGGUAUCUACGGAAGAUAUAACACCGUACAGGAAUACGAUUGACAGGCAGAAGUCGGAUGAUAAAAUUAUAGUCACGGAGCCAUCGGUACUAGUCGACAAUAGUAUUGAGAAAUUUAAGCCCGUUAACGGAAAGAGAUCUUCACUCAGAGUAAAUUCAACACUUGGUACUUCUGCAGCAGUAACGGCUUGGUCAGCACCGACAACUGCCAGCACAGCGUUAAAAAAUGAAACCGAUGUGACGGAAGAAGCUCAAACCAAUGUCUCAGAGUCUAGACACCGUAAUCAGACUGGCAACGAUGUCCCUCAGACUAAUCUAAACGUUUCAGUUACUACGGAAGGAUCUUCUACAAUUCUCUACGAGGUCACAGAGAAUAAUAUAGAAAAUGUGAUCGGAAAAGUCAAUGGUACCAAUAACCUGACGGUCUCGACAUCGACACCGACUACUAAAAAAUCAAUCCACCAUCACGAAGCGGUUGAAAAUACUUCUAAGUAUGUGGGAAGCGAAGUUUCAAAUUUUACCGAGAAAAUAAAAACAGUGACAAGUGACUCCUCCACCAGCAACGAAAUCCAGACAAUAACGGAAGAGUCAAAGAUAACUCCGAUCGAAUUUAACCUAACUCAAAUAUUCAGUGAUCAUCCUCUCUCGCGUGAAAAAGUUUCAUCGUCAAUCGAAACCUAUCCAGUGAAUACGACGAACGAGGCUGAUGAGUCAAAGUCAGAAGAUGGCAUCACUGCUUCUUUACCAAUGGUUACAUCCACAACAACGAAAGUUGUACAAGAAUCGUCGAGCGAGAUUCCAGUGCUUGAAUCUAAUGGAACAAGGCCAAUUGAAGAGAAUGUUGCCAACGUAUCUGAUCUCCGGACAAUGUCGCAGAGUUAUGGAACCACCAGAGACAUCACAGAGUUAAAAGGCAAUCAAACAACCACGAUACAGUACGAAUUCGUCAGCCUAAUGGAUGUUGAAACGAACACUACGCCUGUUCCGAAUAACGAGGCGAGCUCCGAAAAUGUCACCGUUACCAAUUCUCUAAACGAGACUUCGGAAACAAUGGAACCUCCAAGCUCUGCAGAAAUCAGCACCUUCACAAAUGUCUUUAAUAACAUUUCGACGACAACUGUAUCACAGGAAACAACCGAAUCAGUGGUAACCGAUGAUUCUACUGACACAAACCCUACGACGCUCUCAACAAUGAUUGAAACUGUCAAACCAGACAACGUUAAUUUGUCGACUACCAUUGUCUUUCCAGACACGACCACCCCCAACACCAAAUUCGAAGUCACGACGAAUGAAGAUCUCCCAAAUACGACAAAUUCGCCUGUUUCUGAAAAUGGUUUUACCACAGGAACGAAGGCUUACACCGAUGCAACUAUUUCUCCAACAUUGCGUGCAAACACGUUCAACGGUCGGAUAGAAGAAACGACUACGGCACAAAGCGACAAUCCUGAAGAGACGACGACAACAAUGAUGCCUGUAACUGUAACCGUUAUUGAAGAAACAACAAUGGGUUUAACCGGUGAAGUUAUCGUUUCAACAGAAAGUACGAGUACGUCAGAAAUUCCAACAACAGUCACUCUAAUUACGACGAUAAUAACCGAAACCACCCAACAAUAUCCAAAUUCAAGCAACAAUGCCAUAGCAGUAGUUGCAGUCUCUUCGGUAGCUUUCAUUUGCUUAGUACUGCUUGCAGGUUUGUUGUUUAUAAUGAGAAAACGACAGACGAGAUUCAAUAAUGUGCAAAGAUGUCGACCACUGACGUUGGAAGCUUAUCGAGUCGGUGGUGUUUCGGCUUACAACAGCAUGAGAAGAAAAGAUCGUACGCGCGACUCAAAGCGCAGCUAUGGAAACCCUGCGUUCGAAGAUUCAAGCGUAACGCCCUCUCAUCCGUUAAACUUCGCCGGUUUAUCGUCCUUCUGUAACGACUUGAAUGCCAUCAACGAGGAGUUUGCGGGAAUUCCCCAGGUGUCUGCAAGAAUCGACGAAUUGCCAGCCGGUGCGGAGGUGAAAAAUAGGUACGCCAAUGUCGUCCCUCUACCAGAGACCAGAGUACCACUUCAAAAGAUCAACAACGAACCAUUAACGGAGUAUAUUAACGCCAGUUAUGUCCGGGGACCAAAAAACGCCACGAAAUACUACAUAGCAUGUCAGGCGCCGAUCGAGUCAACGGUAGCCGAUUUCUGGAGGAUGAUCUGGGAACAGCAGAGCAAAGUGAUAAUAAUGCUGACCGACAUCGUCGAGAACGGUGUUGAAAAGUGCGUCGAUUACAUUCCGCCCUCCGAAGUAACGGAUUGCCAUCGCCUUUACGGCGACUACCAGGUUACUCUUAAGAAGCACGAAGCCAAGGAGAAGUACGCGAUCUCCACGCUCCACUUGAAGAAUCUCGAGAACAACACGUAUCGCGAGGUCUCCCACAUAUGGUAUCUCUGGCCGACGAACGGCGUACCGUCGGACGCGACUGGUCUGAUCGCCAUCCUCCUCGAGGCCAGGGCUCUGCAGAGGGGCGCACCCGGGCCGAUAGUCGUCCACUGCAGUCCGGGUACCGGGCGAACCGGCACCCUGAUUGCCCUCGACCUCGGCAUCAGGCAGUACGAGAUCACGAGGACCGUCGACGUUCCGAGGGUCGUUUACACCAUCAGAAGGGACAGGGCCGGGGCCGUUCAGACGAAGGAGCAGUACGCCUUCGUCUACAAGGGCUUGAAUUUGUACGCGGCGAAGCUCGCCGGCGGGGCGCUCGAAUCGAUGUGAAGACGGAUUCGCCUCUCCGAUCGCGAGCUGGCCCCGAAUCGCCGCGAAACGUCGCUGUGACGAAAUAUCUUGAAUCGCUUCUCGAGGGCAGGGAGAAUAGAAGAAACGCUCGUCGCGGAAGCGUGGCGAAGAAAAUGGCUGAGCGACGCAACUUUAAUGAACUAGGCGUGAAUUUCACGAAUGACGGAACUCGUUAUCGAUAGUUCUUCGAGUGUCGCCGACUCACGUCCAGCUGCGAUGUAUGAAAUACAUCGGGGUGACAUUUCCUUUGCUGAUGCAACUGGAGAACGAGAGAAAAAAUACUGUCAAUUUUCGCAUCAAUUAUUUAACUUGAGGACCAGAUAAUUAGGAAAAUUACCAUUUAUUGAUGGUUAUAUACGUAACAGUUAUAGCAUGACCAAAUAAUUGUUGUUGUUGUUGUUGUUGUUGUUGAUGUAUAUAUUCUAACUCGUAGUAGGUAUGCAGCUCUCUAUAUGUGUACAUAACGGAAUAUUUUUUCUUCGUAUUUGACAUUGAUCAUUUUUUUAAUUUUGUUCGGCUAAAUUUCCUGUUUAGUUACAGUUUUUCAAGAUUUGUCUUCUUUUGUGUUUUUUCCAUUCACGUCACCACAAACAAAACCCAGCCAAACGUUUCUCACA